AUUUUCUUGAGGUCCGAGGCGCUUUCGCCUCUCGGACUUCCUCAUAUCUCGCAGGAGAGCGAAUCAUAACACGGCAAACACAAACAAAGAAGAAGAAGAAGAAGACCGACCAGAAUUUAUCAGCAUUUAAUUGAAGAAGAAGAUGCCGUAUUCGGCCACGAAGGGCGUAUGCGCGCGUUCCAUGACGUAUUUAUACGUACAGAAGAGGCCGACGGCCAUGGAAUGGCCCCCCGUGGAAGAGCUGAGGAGGAGGGAGGGGGUGGGUCGCUGGGGCGCCGAGCGUCGCAGCUUGGCUAGGCGUCGAGCUCAAGCCGUGAGGUGCGAGGGGUGUAAUGUGUCGGAGCCACGGUCAGGUCGUAGCAGGAGCUGGACCCGCAAACGGCUCCAAGCCGUCGCCUCCCCCGUGCCCACCACCACCAAGCGAGUGUUCACCUUCGGGAAGGGGAAGAGUGAAGGCGACAAGAGCAUGAAGUCUCUGCUGGGCGGGAAAGGAGCGAACCUGGCGGAGAUGGCGAGCAUCGGGCUGUCGGUGCCGCCGGGCUUCACCGUGUCGACGGAGGCCUGCCAGGAGUACCAGGAAGGCGGCCGAAAGCUUCCGGAUGGACUCUGGGAGGAGAUACUGGAAGGGCUGAGUGCCGUGGAGGAGGUCAUGGGGGCUCGUCUCGGUGACCCUUCCAAGCCCCUCCUCCUCUCCGUCCGCUCCGGCGCCGCGGUGUCGAUGCCGGGGAUGAUGGACACGGUGCUGAACUUGGGCCUCAACGACGAGGUGGUGGCCGGGCUGGCGCUGAAGAGCGGCGAAAGGUUCGCCUACGACUCCUACCGCCGCUUCUUGGACAUGUUUGGGAACGUGGUCAUGGGGAUCCCCCACUCACUGUUUGAAGAAAAGCUCGAAGUCCUGAAGGCGGUCAAAGGCGUCGAGCAAGACGCCGACCUUACCGCCUCCGACCUCAAAGAACUGGCCACACGGUACAAGAACGUCUACACCGAGGCCAAAGGGGAGCAUUUCCCUACAGAUCCAAAGCGGCAGUUGUACAUGGCGGUGAUCGCCGUGUUUGAUUCAUGGGACAGCCCGAGAGCCAACAAGUACCGGAGCAUCAACCAAAUCAAGGGGCUUAAGGGGACUGCAGUAAAUGUGCAGUGCAUGGUGUUUGGGAACAUGGGGAACACCUCCGGGACCGGAGUCCUCUUCACUCGCAACCCCAGCACGGGCGAGAAGAAGCUCUACGGCGAGUUCCUCAUCAAUGCUCAGGGUGAGGAUGUAGUUGCUGGAAUCAGAACCCCAGAGGAUCUUGAUAAGAUGAAGGAUUGCUUGCCGGAAGCUUACUACGAGCUGGUUGAGAACUGUAACAUUCUGGAACGGCAUUACAAAGAAAUGAUGGACAUCGAGUUCACUGUUCAGGAGAACAGGCUAUGGAUGCUGCAGUGCAGAACAGGGAAGCGCACGGGCAAAGGUGCAGUGAAGAUUGCAGUUGACAUGGUGAACGAAGGCCUCGUCGACAAGCAUUCUGCGAUCAAGAUGGUCGAGGCAGGCCACUUGGACCAACUUCUUCAUCCCCAGUUUGAAGAUCCAUCUGCGUACAAGGAUAAGGUGAUCGCCACAGGCUUGCCCGCAUCACCAGGUGCUGCCGUUGGGCAAGUCGUCUUCACUGCAGAUGAUGCCGAAGCAUGGCAUGCUCAAGGGAAGGCUGUAAUUUUGGUGAGGACCGAGACAAGCCCGGAGGAUGUCGGUGGCAUGCACGCCGCCGAAGGAAUACUAACAGCAAGGGGAGGCAUGACUUCCCAUGCAGCUGUGGUUGCUCGAGGUUGGGGAAAAUGCUGCGUUUCUGGCUGCUCUGACAUCAGUGUGAAUGAGGCGGACAAGGUCGUGGUUAUUGGAGACGAAGUGGUUCAAGAAGGAGACUGGCUAUCACUCAAUGGAUCGACGGGAGAGGUGAUUCUGGGGAAGCAGCCACUCUCUCCACCAGCUCUUAGUGGCGACUUGGAAACCUUCAUGUCAUGGGUUGAUGAGACAAGGCAACUGAAGGUGAUGGCAAAUGCAGAUACACCUGAUGAUGCACUGACAGCAAGAAACAAUGGUGCACAGGGGAUUGGACUCUGUAGGACAGAGCACAUGUUCUUUGCUUCAGAUGAGAGGAUAAAGGCGGUGAGGAAAAUGAUAAUGGCAGCAAAUCUUGAAGAGAGGCAGCGGGCAUUAGAUCUCCUCUUGCCCUACCAGAGAUUGGACUUUGAAGGGAUCUUUCGUGCCAUGGACGGAUUUCCGGUGACUAUCCGACUGCUGGAUCCUCCGCUCCAUGAGUUCCUGCCGGAGGGUAACAUCGAGGACAUCGUCACCGAACUGGCCGCCGAGACUGGCACAAGUGAGGAGGAAGUCUUCUCAAGAAUAGAGAAGCUCUCUGAAGUGAAUCCCAUGCUCGGUUUCCGUGGUUGCAGGCUUGGCAUAUCAUAUCCGGAGUUGACCAAAAUGCAAGCACGGGCCAUAUUUGAAGCUGCAAUCUCCAUGAGCAAUCAGGGAGUGAAAGUCUUGCCAGAGAUAAUGGUUCCUCUCACAGGAACACCUCAGGAGUUUGAGCAUCAAGUGAGUCUGAUAAGAACAGUGGCACAGCAAGUCUUCACUGAGAUGGGAACCUCCAUAAGCUACAAGGUCGGAACCAUGAUCGAGGUUCCGAGGGCUGCCCUUGUUGCAGAUGAGAUUGCUGAGCAGGCAGAGUUCUUCUCUUUUGGAACAAAUGACCUCACACAGAUGACAUUUGGAUACAGUAGGGAUGAUGUCGGCAAGUUUCUUCCCAUCUACUUAUCCAAAGGCAUCCUCCAAAAUGAUCCCUUUGAGGUGCUUGAUCAGAAAGGAGUAGGUCAGCUCAUUAAGAUUGCUGCAGAAAGAGGCAGAAGAGCAAGGCCUGAUCUCAAGGUAGGGAUAUGUGGUGAGCAUGGUGGCGAACCUUCCUCGGUUGCUUUCUUUGCACAGGCUGGGCUGGACUAUGUCUCAUGUUCUCCUUUCAGAGUCCCAAUUGCAAGGCUUGCUGCAGCUCAGGUGGUGGUGGUGUGAAAGGCCUCAGGAUAUGAUGCUCAAGCAUCAGAAAACAACGUCUGGUUUUCCCUUUCUUCUCUUUAACCUUGCAGAACUCAGAAACAAUGGCUGGUUGAUGUGAAUAAGAAUCUUAGGAUCAACAUCCACAUUGUGUUGCACCCUUUUGUCAUCUAGGAAGCAAUUGUGGCAUGUAAGUAUCUGUAUUGCUUCUUUGACCAUUUGUAAAUUAAGAAACACUGAUUGCUUUAAAUAAAAGCAUUGAAAAAAUGAA